CAAUUGAUGUGGAGGACCAGUGGUGCGCCAGAGACUGGGCAAGAUGGGUAAUGCCAUGCGAGGCGUCGUUGCCUUCAUACCCUCAGAACGCUGUCAACGCUUUCUCGUGGGGGAUCUGAAGGAAAUGCCACUUGAUCGGACCCUGGACCUGAGCAGCCGGCAGUUGCGUCGGCUGCCUGUUGCUGCCUGUGUCUUCGAUGAGCUAGUGAAGCUCUACCUGAGUGACAACAACCUCAGCAGCUUACCGGCUGAACUGCAGCGCCUGAAGAAGCUGCAGCUCUUAGCCCUGGACUUUAACUGCUUUGAAGAGCUCCCUGCAGCUGUUUGCAGAUUGCCCCAGCUCAGCAUCCUUUACCUGGGUAACAACAAGCUUUACAGCCUCCCCAGAGAACUGAGAGAGCUCAAGGAACUUAAUACUCUGUGGCUGGAGACUAAUUGCUUCACUGUUUUCCCACAGGUGGUUUGUGAGCUCCCUAAUCUAAAGACCCUGCACCUUGGUUAUAACCAGAUAGAGAGUUUACCAACAGAGCUAAGAGGGCUGGAAGAGCUUCGAAGUAUCUGGCUUGCUGGGAACCAACUGGCGGCGUUCCCACCAGUGUUGCUGGAAAUGCACUUUUUAGCGGUCAUUGAUGUGGAUCGGAACCAAAUACGCGUCUUCCCAAACCUUUCUCACAUGCAGGGGUUGAAACUGGUCAUCUAUGACCACAACCCCUGUGUUAAUGCCCCGGUAGUGGGCGAGGGAGUCAGAAGAGUCGGGCGAUGGGCGGACAGCUCAGACGAUGUGCCGGAAGAUGAUGGGUCAAAAGCAACCAGUGAGACUGCGGCGGAGGUUACGGAGGUACACCUCGAGGAGGUGCACAACAUUUAG